AUGUGGUUGGGAACUGUAAGAAACACGUUCGCCGACAAAUUUUAUGACUCAAUUCCAGAUCGGUGCUACUUUGUUCUCUUGGAAGUAAUUUUUCUGGCGCACCUUUCGCUUUUAUACAGGAGAAUGGAAAGUUUCAUGUCACCUACAAGACUUUACGUGAAAAAUCUGUGUAAGAUCUAAUUUUAUUUCGUAAUUUGCGUUCUUGUUUUCCGUGAUUAUAACCUGGCCAAUCCUACCUUUCCGUCUGUUCAAAGUAGCGUUCACAUUUUUUCAACCACUGGAAGCAUCGCAGAGGUUAUCAAAUGCACGACUGAGUAGUCAAAUAUUGUAGUUUUCAGUUACUCACUCUGCGCCGUUCUACGAGUUGAGACUACUCUACAGUAUACAUUCAGCUUGGCACACCUUCAAAUGCUCACGUAUUUCUCCCUACUUGUAACUAAACACAGAUCAGUUAGCUUUGAAGUCACUGCGAAAAUAAGGUAUUGGAGAAAUUCAAAAAACUAGCCGAUACAUCAAGGGGUCAAAAUUAAAUCAAUCCAGUCACGUAGUUUUCGGAACCCUGUGAAUUCGCUUACUUGGACACUUACAGAAGGAAACUACUUUCCCUCAAUAUUUUUGCACUCAUUAUUUCCACUCUGUUCGUCAAUCUACGAAUUCCGUCUCGCGUGUUUUGCAGUGUCUAUGCAGUUUCAUUUUCAGCAAGUUUUGCAAUGUACCUGCCGCUCCAUUACUCUGUAGGCAAUAGUUAUCGUCGUUGUGUCUUGUGCCUUGUAAAUAUAUAAACAAACCAAUUGUUAAAAAAAGCAUUUCAGGCUCUGGUACUCAGUACCUUUCCUUGUUUCCAGAGAAGGAAAGAAAACGACGAUAACUAUUUCACAUAUUUGUGGUUUUUCUCACUUCAACUCUUUACCACCUUGGCUCACGUAUAUCAACUUUGUAAGCGUUUCAAGAAUAAAAAGAAAGUUGAAAAAAUGUUUUGAGGUGGAAUUCUAA